GUACGGCGUAGGCUAAAAUCGUUUAGUUUGUAUUUGUCACUGAUAGGGGUCGGUGCUGCCGCCUGCCGUAGUUGCUUCAUUCAAAGGCAAGUGCGAAAAACUACUAUGUCUGCAAGUACGGGAAACUUUAAAAACCCCUUUUCUCGACCAUGGAUGACAGAAACAGGAGCUGCAGCGGCGGCAGGUGGCUCGGGAUCGAUCGGACUCAAAGGUGUUGUUGCUGGAGGCAUAACUGGUGGCAUUGAAAUUUGUAUAACAUUCCCAACCGAAUAUGUAAAAACACAACUCCAACUGGACGAAAAAGGGGGCACUAAAAAAUACACUGGUAUAUGGGACUGUGUAAAUAAGACCGUCAAAGGCCAUGGCUUUUUCGGUUUAUACAGAGGACUGAGUGUGCUCUUGUACGGGUCGAUACCAAAAUCAGCUGUCAGGUUUGGUGUAUUUGAGCAAGCUAAGCUCUAUAUGGUAAAUGAGAAUGGAACAUUGUCGAACACCGGUAAACUGGGUUGUGGUCUGGCCGCUGGUGUCGCGGAGGCAGUGUUCGCAGUCACACCCAUGGAAACCGUGAAAGUCAAGUUCAUUAACGACAUGAGGAUGGAGAAGCCGAGAUUCAGGGGUUUCUUCCACGGAGUCAGCAUGAUUGUGAGGGAGGAAGGUAUUGGUGGUGUUUACAAGGGUGUGACAGCGACUAUCAUGAAACAGGGCAGCAACCAGGCCAUCAGGUUCUUUGUGAUGGAAUCGCUCCGUGACUGGUACAAGGGAGGCGACAGGGAUAAACAUGUACCCAAAUAUAUUGUUGGGCUGUUUGGUGGUGUAGCAGGUGCCGCGUCAGUGUUCGGGAACACACCGAUAGAUGUCGUCAAAACGAGAAUGCAAGGCCUGGAAGCCAGCAAAUACAAAAGCACCUGGGACUGCUUCAUAAGGAUCUGGAAGCAUGAGGGUCCGCUGGCCUUCUACAAGGGGACCGUACCACGACUAAGUAGGGUCGUUUUCGAUGUUGCCAUAACAUUCACCAUCUAUGACAGCAUUAUGGACGUGUUUAACUUGUUAUGGAAGUAAUCACAUACAACCCUCUCCGCUACAUCAAUGAAUUCAUUGUGACCGAGGCCAUAUUAUUACACUUCAACGAUUACUAUGAAUUUAUAUAUAUAUUUAUAUGAUCAUAUUAUAGCUAGUAGCGGUCGGUACAAGUGUGUGGAGCGAAUACAUAUUUUUUAUACAGACAUAUAAUUUUUGCUGUUCACAUAUAUUGUUUUCUGCAGGGUUCAUUGCAUUGUGAUUAUAAUAUUUAUGUGUGCAUUUAAUUAAAUAUGAUUUAAUUCAAAUGACGUUAACGGAUCGGGAUCCAUGUUAUAUUUGUGCUUUCAAUGUCUAUGAUUUAUUAUAAGUUGACUCGGAUACAUGAAAAAGUUUUUAUUUAUGACUCUGUUUAUUUGUUUUUUUAAUUUGUUAGAAUUUAUUUAUUUGAUGGUAAUAAUUAUGUUUAUAUAUAAUGCUUUUACUUGAUACAUUAGCAUUGCAUUUCUCUAUGUAAGCCGUUUAGGAUCUUUCUAUAUGAUAUUGAACAUUGUUGAUUGUAAAUCACUUUGUUGUAUAGGGAUGGUGCCAAAUGUAACUAUGUUUAUCAGAGGCCUGAACUGCCUCGGUUAUAAGAAUUCCGGCAAAGAAUGCCACAGUUGAUAGUACGCAUGUGCAUUUAUGAGAUCCUAAUCGGACAUUCCGAAUACAUUUCUAUGGGAAAACAUUUAUUCUUUUAAACUUUUGUUUUGCAAUUAUGCUUUAUUUAUUAAACGUUCGGUUGAAUUUUUACACAA